AGAAUCUCAGGGAAUAACCUUCUCUCUCUCUCUCUCUCAUCGUCCAGAAAACCAGAGUGCAAAAUCCAAACCCUAGCUUAGCUUCUUGCCCCCGUCUCUUUCUCUCUCUCUUCUCUCUUCUCUCUCUACAGUCGGUCAAUGCUCCGUCGCGGCGAGCAGCCAGCGAAGGGCCUAAGAGAGGGUUCCGUUGUUAAAUGCUCUGCUCCCCCUCCCUCUCCUCCCGCCGCUGCCCGAGUUUCAUGUCUACCGCCAUCGGCUUCCUCUAUGCCCCCUCCUCCUCUCUCGCUCCCGGGCUCGCAAAACCCCUGAUCUCCCAUUCCUUUCCCAUACGAUUCGGGCAUUGCCGGAAGUGCUGCUGGGGUGGUGAUCUGGGAUCCUUCGGAACUUACAGGGACGUCUGCGCGCCCCCCCAGAAAUGAGUAAUUCCAAGGUAGUUCUCUUUGGUUCAUUCACUGAAGACGAGACUAAGUCAUUGCUGCUAGGUCAGUCUUCCAAAAGUGCUGAAAAGGCUGCUGAUAAGAUAGAACGACGAUUAGGUUCAUUUUCCAUUGUCGAUAAGGAUGAUCAAUCUGGCAGAAACGUGGAUUCUUCGAAGGGGUCAAUUGCUUUUGGGAGCUUAAAACCUUUAGAGAAACAUGCAGAAUCAGAGGUAGCGAACACAAAGAGCCAUGAGCCAAUAGCUUCAGAUACUCCAAUAGAAAAUGGAAACUCCAAUCAAAUCCAUGUUUCUUCAAGUAGUAAUGGGGUGAAAGAAGUAGAAGUAGACAGUAUUACUUCAACAUCCCUAAGUGGAUCCCUAAAUGGAGACAGUCCCUCUAAUCACUCUCAAAAGUCAAUGUUUCAUAUCCUGGAUGACGGAGAAGCAAAAGAUGGUGACCUAACUUGUGCUACUGGGGAUUUGCCACGGAUGGUGUCUAAUAGGGGAAUUUUGAAGGAAUCAAAUGGGUCUGUCCCAUGUUUGAAGGACAUACUUCCACGAGGCUUAAUUAAUUCGGGUAACUUGUGCUUUCUUAAUGCGACUCUACAAGCUCUUCUCUCCUGUGCUCCUUUUGUGCGGCUCUUGCAUGACCUCAAGCAGCAAGACAUCCCAAAGGUUGGCUAUCCCACUUUAGUUGCAUUCACUGAGUUCAUCUCUGAAUUUGAGAUGCCUGCUGCCUCAAGCUUAAACAGAAAGGAACUCAAUUCUCUGGAGACUGGAAGGCCUUUUAACCCUGCUAUGUUUGGAGCUGUGCUGAAGAAUUUUACUCCGGAUGUGCCAAAUAGCAUGUUAGCAAGGCCAAGGCAAGAAGAUGCGCAGGAAUUUCUAAGCUUCAUCAUGGAUCAAAUACAUGAUGAAUUACUUAAGCUUGGUGGGAAUUCUUUGUUACUUAAUGGGGGAAGAUCAUCUUUAGUUUCUUCUGUGGAAGAUGAUGAAUGGGAGAUGGUUGGCCCAAAGAACAAAUCGGCAGUGACUAGGACACAAAGUUUUGUCCCAUCAGGAUUAAGUGAUAUCUUUGGUGGCCAACUGAGAAGUGAGGUGAAGGCAAGAGGGAGUAAAGCUUCUGCAACUGUUCAACCCUUUCUCUUGCUACAUCUAGAUAUUUACCCAGAGGCUGUUCAUACUAUUGAGGAUGCGCUUCGAUUGUAUUCAGCACCAGAAACUCUUGAAGGAUAUAAACCAUCAGCAAGUGGAAAGGCUGGUGUGGUGGCUGCUAGGAAAUCCAUCAAAAUUCAAAGACUUUCCAACAUGUUGAUUCUGCACCUGAAGCGGUUUGGGUAUGGAAGACAAGGAAGCACCAAGCUGCAUAAAGCGGUGUAUUUUCCUCUUGAAUUGGUUUUGAAUCGUGAGCUGCUUGUAUCUUCAUCUACAGAGGGCCGCAAAUACAAGCUUGUUGCUACGGUAACCCACCAUGGCAGGGAGCCCACAAAGGGUCACUAUACUGCCGAUGCUCUGCAUGCUAAUGGCCAGUGGUUACGGUUUGAUGAUGCAUCUGUGACUGUUAUUGAGACAAAUAAGGUAUUGCACGACCAGGCAUAUGUCCUCUUCUACAAGCAGGUGUAAAGGUGGAGAAUGUUUAUGGAUGUCUGCACCUGUGUCAAAAGAAAGAGGCCUGCUGAUUUGAAUAAAGUUAUCAGUUUAUAACAAAGUUGUUACUAUGUAUCACUUGCCAAAAGGCAUGGAUGCCGCUGUGUACCAUUGUCCAUUUAUGUUGGGAAACUUGAGGUGGUUCUUGGCCUCCCCUUUCUGAUGAUCUUUAGGGUAAAUUGUAAAUUUCUUUGGGGGGCUUGACGUACUAUUAAUGAAUGGGAGCAUGGAUGAAAUUUCUGCUACUUGGAGUAAGUUAAUAGUCAAUUUUGAUAUGGUUAAAUUUUCUCCUUUUUUAAAA